UAUUCUAUGGCACAUGGAUUUCAUAAAGGUGGUACGGUCCACCCGAUGUUUUUGUUUCCUAUGAUUUCUGGGUGUGCUGCUGAAAUACCUGUGACUUUUAACCACACUCACCUAAACAAUUGCAAAAUCCAAUUCUGCUACUAAGUGCUAACAUAGUAACACCAUCAUCAUCAUCAUCAUGGUUCUGGAUUGUGCAAAUUCCUCGGUUUCUGACUUUGUUCUUGAGGAUGUACCUCACCUAUCUGAUUACAUACCUGAUCUCCCUACAUAUCCUGACCCAUUACAAGACAAUCCAUCUUAUGCAGUUGUUAAGCAGUAUUAUGUGAAUAAAGAUGACACAGUAGCACAGCAGAUAGUUGUCCACAAGAAUAGUCCUAGAGGAAUCCAUUUUAGGCGUGCUGGCCCUGCUGAGAAAGUAUACUUUGAUUCAGAGGAAGUGUGUGCUUGUAUUGUCACAUGUGGUGGCCUUUGUCCAGGUUUAAAUACAGUCAUAAGAGAAAUAGUGUGUGGCUUGUAUCAUAUGUAUGGGGUUCACAGAGUUCUUGGAAUAGAGGGAGGAUACCCCGGAUUUUAUUCUCGGAACACAGUUCCUUUGACACCAAAGGUUGUGAAUGAUAUCCAUAAGAGAGGUGGGACCAUACUUGGAACAUCAUAUGGUGGCCAUGAUACCUCAAAGAUUGUUGAUAGCAUUCAGGAUAGAGGCAUCAAUCAAGUUUAUAUUCUUGGAGGGUAUGGAACUCAGAUGGAGGCUGCUUUGAUUUUUGAGGAAGUUAGAAGGCGUGGCUUGAAAGUUUCAGUGGUUGGAAUUCCAAAAACCAUUGAUAAUGAUAUCCCUGUUAUUGACAAGUCCAUUGGUUUUGACACUGCUGUUGAAGAGGCACAAAGAGCUAUCAAUUCUGCUCAUGUGGAAGCAGAAAGUACGGAAAAUUGUAUUGGUGUUGUCAAGUUAAUGGGGCGUUACAGUGGAUUUAUAGCCAUGUAUGCAACCCUUGCCAGCAGAGAUGUGGACUGUUGCUUGAUUCCAGAAUCACACUUUUAUCUUGAAGGUCCAGGUGGUCUCUUGGAGUUCAUCGAGAAAAGACUUAAAGAACAGAGUCACAUGGUUAUAGUAGUUGCUGAGGGUGCAGGACAAGAGCUUCUUUCUAAAAACCCAACUCCUAUCAAGAGAGUACAGGGAGAUGCUACUCCGGAUCAGUUAUUUCAAGAUGUUGGUCUCUGGUUAUCCCAGAAAAUUAAGGACCACUUCGCAAAACGUAAAAGCAUGACUCUAAGUCUCAAGUACAUUGAUCCUACUUACAUGAUCCGUGCUAUUCCAAGCAAUGCAUCUGAUAAUGUGUUCUGCACCCUACUUGCCCAAAGUGCUGUUCAUGGUGCAAUGGCUGGAUACACAGGCUUCACAGUUGGACCAGUUAACGGAAGAAACUGCUACAUCCCAUUUCAUCUGAUAAAUGAAGGUGAGAAGAACGUUGUGAUAACUGAUAGGAUGUGGGCAAGGUUACUAGCUUCAACUCAUCAACCUAGCUUCUCAAACACUAAAGAAAUGGUUGGAGCAAGAGACGAAAAAACUGAAAACCAAACAUCAGACAGCUAAACACAUCCACAAAAGACGCUGAUUAAACAUGUGAACAAAAGGGCAGAGUACGAUGCCUACAUUACUACAACACCAAGUGAUAAUAAUGGA